AUGAAAAUUUUGAAAAUUUUGAAUUAUGAUUAUAAACGUUUUAAUAAGAAAAAUAUCUUUGGGAAACUUUUUAAAAUAGAAGCCAAUUCAUUUAGUACAAAAAAUAGUCAUUUUAACAGUGAAAAAUUAUAUAACUUCGGUUUUCAAAAGGUAAGUGAAGAAAUAAAAUCAAAAUUGGUGCAUAAUUUAUUUAGUAGUGUAUCUAAUAAAUAUGAUGUUAUGAAUGAUUUGAUGAGUUUUCUUUUACACCGCUUAUGGAAGAAUGAGUUGGUAAAAGAAUUAGAUAUAUUUUUAAAAUAUUAUAGUUAUAAUAUACAUGAAAUAUGCAAGAAUAGAAAAACUUUUUUAAAUGAAGAAAUAUUAACAGAAGAUUUAACAAAUAACAAUUCAGAUUACAAUGAAAAUGAUCCAGAAUCAUUUGAGAAAAAAAAAAAAUUGAACACUUUUUGUAGAUGUAAAAUAUUAGAUUUAGCUGGUGGUACAGGAGAUAUUGCCUUUAGAAUACUAGAAAAAUCCAAAUAUUAUUUAAAACAAAAUAAUGAACAUUUUUCUGAUAAUUUUUACCAAAAAUAUAUACCAGAUAUAAUCAUAUGUGAUAUAAAUAGUGAUAUGAUUAAUGUAGGAAUGAAAAAAGCAAAAGAAUUAAAUUAUAAUGAUAAUAUAACCUGGUUAAUUGAAAAUGCAGAAAAUUUAAAAUCUAUUGAAGAUAAUUCUAUUGAUAUAAUUACUUUAUCAUUCGGUAUAAGAAAUUUUACUAAUAUAUCAACUGCCUUAAAAGAAAUAUAUCGUGUUUUAAAACCAGGUGGUAGAUUCUUAUGUUUAGAAUUUAGCAAAGUAAAUUGUGAUGCUUUAAAUUUAUUUUAUAAAUUUUAUUUAAAUAAUUUUAUUCCAUUAUUGGGUAAAUUAGUUGCUAAUAAUAAAGAUUCUUAUAAAUAUUUAGCAGAAAGUAUUCAAACAUUUUUAACUCCGGAUGAAUUAUCUCAAUUAAUUUAUCAAAAUAAUUUUAAAAAUAUUUCUUAUACUACUAUGACAAUGGGGAUUGUUUCUAUACAUUCAGCCUAUAAAUUAAAUUAA